CAUAGCGAAAGGAAGAUGGAAUGUAUCCGGAUUGGAGUAUUGAGUUAAAGAUGGUUGCAAGAAUAACAGGAAGAGUGGGACCAGCAUAUAUCAGGUGUUCGUUGACUAAAUUAUCUGGACCAGCGGGAGGCUCUCGAUGAUCGCUGCUAUUUCUUCGCUAGUAACUAGGUCUGGAGAUGUACUGGAGGUGCUGGAGGACUGUAGGAGGUCAUAGUAUGACUCUAGAAUUCUCAGUUGGUCGUGGUUAUAAGGAAAAUCUUUGGGUGUACUGAGGGAUUCAAGGUAGGAAGCCCAUCCCUCAAGAAUGGAGGAGUCAUUAUAGAUAGUGUCAUCAUGUAUGAUAUGGUUUGUUGGAGGUCGCAAGUUGAGAGGUGACAUGCGAUUGCGGACUGCACGGAAGAAUCUGCGAGGAUCUGUCUCUGAAUCUAGAAUGUGAUCAGAUGUAUUCAAGACAUCUUCUUCAAGAGUUCGGGCACGGGAGACCUGAGGUAGGAGGUGCUGAGAGCACAGGAUGUGGUCGAUGGUUGAGAGUGAAGAGUGUGCCUCACUUUCAUAGAACUUGCAACUCAUUCCAAUGCUAUUUUCGAUAUAACUUGGAAGCCAGGAGGGGAGCAAAUUGUGAGUUACAGUAUUGACAUAACCGUUUGCAAGUGUGUGAGUUACUGUUUGUAACUGAUGUUCAGGUAUGUAUGUAUGUUUACAUUUUGGCGUCCAUGCCUUACAAAUAGAUAACAA